AUGGCUACUGUCCUGACUUCGACGGUUGAAGGCGACCUGCGGGCCAUACUCAAGCUUCUGACGGUCCUCCAAGCGUCAUGCCAGUCAAUAUCCGACAUCUACGAGAAGUUUGGUGACUGCCAAAGCAGUUCCUGCGAGCGCACUGCUUCCUUCCCGCACCUGUCCUCUGCUCUGCCCUUUCCGGACCCUCAGUUAUUGGACCAACUGGAUGAAGCCAAGAAGGCCAAGCGGCAUGCCCUCAGGGAACUUCGUGCUGCUACCCGCCUCGCAUCUCUUGCCAUCCGUCAGAUAGAGGAGACUGAGAGGUUCACACCAACGACGAAACCUCAUCCAGCCUUGGUGGAAAUGAGGGGGCUCCUAGUAGAGAAAAUGUUGGAUUCAUUCCUUCCGGAUCUACUAGUGAAGGCGACAAAAAACGAGAAUUCCCUAGACGUUGAGUUUAGAAAAGCGCAACGGUUCAUUUCUGAUGCUCUGGUGUACUGUUGA